CAACUGGGGUUUUGCUAAGAGACUUCCAGCGCUGAAUGUGGCCCGCUGAAUAACAUGGAUUCUCUGCACAGGAGUCGCAGUCUGAGUGACAGCCCAAGGCAAAUGUCUGAGCACCAGCGCCUCCUAUCCCCAUCUCCUAAUUAUGGUACCCGACUGUGUGAGUUCCCCAGCCCUGAGGAGGUGCAGCUCCGCCGCCGGCUCAAGUACUUCUUUAUGAGCCCAUGUGAUAAGUUUCGUGCCAAGGGUAGAAAGCCUUACAAGCUGGGUCUGCAGUUACUAAAGAUUAUGUUUGUCACUGUGCAGCUGAUCUUGUUUGGACUCAGCAAUCAGAUGGUUGUCCAGUUUAAGGAGGAGAAUACAGAGGCCUUUAAACACCUGUUCCUGAGGGAUUAUACUGAUGAUAUUGAUAAAACCUAUGCUGUAUACACUCAGGGGGAUGUCUAUGAACACCUUUACUAUGCUGUGGAACAGUACUUCUCACUCUCCAGUCAGACGACUGCCCGAUAUGCAUAUACGCGACAUUUAAACCAGUCGGCUCUCUCCGUGUGCCAGCAAUAUUACCGUAAAGGCCACAUUGACCCUGCUAAUGACACCUUUAAUAUUGACCCCAAGGUUAACACAAGCUGCCUGUUUUUGGAUCCUGCAGAGCCAAACCAAAGCUACAAGAAUUUUACAAUUAAGUUUCACAAGCUAAUUAAUCUGACUGUGCAGUUCCAGUUAAAGGCUAUUAAUAUACAAACAAUAAUUAAUAACGAGAUUCCAGACUGCUACACCUUUACUAUCACAAUCUUAUUUGAUAACAAAGCACACAGUGGAAAAGUCAAGAUCCAGCUGGAUAAUGAAGCAACAAUCAAAGAAUGCAAAGAUCCUAGUGUAUAUGGCCGAGGUGAUAAUCACUCUCGUCUGGCCUUUGAUGUCCUAGUGAUUCUUUCCUGCAUUCUUUCUUUUGUCCUGUGUGGGCGAUCCAUUUUACGAGGCUUGCUUUUACAGCAUGAAUUUGCUCGGUUUGUGCACUAUCGUCACAGUCUCGACAUUUCUCUCUCUGACCGUCUGGAGUUUGUGAAUGGCUGGUAUCUGCUGCUUAUCAUCAGCGAUGUCCUUACGGUGUCAGGCACAGUCAUGAAAAUUGGAAUUGAGUCUAAGACAUUUGCUAGCUACGAUGUGUGCAGCAUCCUACUGGGGACCUCGACUCUUCUUGUGUGGGUUGGAGUUAUCCGAUACCUUAGCUUUUUCCAGAAAUACAAUAUCCUCAUAGUAACACUACGUGUUGCCCUCCCUAAUGUCAUCCGUUUCUGUUGCUGUGUGGCUGUAAUCUACUUGGGGUACUGUUUCUGUGGUUGGAUUGUGCUGGGUCCCUAUCAUGUUAAGUUCCGCACCCUCUCAAUGGUGUCCGAGUGCCUCUUCUCCCUUAUAAAUGGUGAUGACAUGUUUGUCACCUUUUCCGAAAUGCAAAAUAGCAGCUACCUGGUGUGGGCUUUCAGUCAACUCUACUUAUACACCUUUAUCAGCCUCUUCAUAUACAUGGUACUCAGUCUUUUCAUUGCCUUAAUCACUGGGGCCUAUGAGACUAUUAAGUGUCAGAAUUCAGGUGAUCCUUGUGCCGGCAAUGACAAUGCUCUUUAUCAGUAUAUAGCAGAAUGCAAAGACAGCCCCAGCUCUGGAAAAUUCCGCUCUGCAAACAGCACAGGUUGCUCCUUGUUUUGCUGCUGUACUCAGCCGACCCAUUGUGAGGAAGAUUCAGUUGUCAUUAACUGAUGUCUACCAAUUGCACAUUCCUCUUGACUGGGGUUUUGCUGCAUUCUGGGUAGUGGGUGCUGUUGAUUUUAAUGCCAUUUUAAGAGUCCAGUGAAUAUAUGUUCCGUUUAAAAAUGGAUUUCAUGGUGAGAUUGUACGUGUUUAGGCCCAGCGUCUUGUAGACUUUUUGGGGACUGACUUACUACCUUUUAAGCUGAUAUGCAAUUUACAGGUAUAAGCCAUUUAUUUAUGUCAAAUCAGCUUGUCCCAAAGUUUCUUUAGUACGAGCAUAUGACCAAGGGCCUGUAAGAGAGAGGCUUUUAGCCCACAAACCAACACUCUCUUGUGGGGUUGCUGCUAAAUACAGGGAUCCAUUAUAUAGAUUUAAAAGUAUAUAUUUUAUGUAGGUUUUUAAUUAUGAUGGAUACUUUUUUAUGAAGGAGAGUGUAUGUCUGCUAGAGGAUGUGUGAAUGACUAUUACGAGACCAGGGAAGGACGAAACAGGAGUAAAAUAAAUAAAAAUGAUAGACAAAGGGGUUAUUUUUACUGGUUAUGAAUGGAUGAAAACAAAGUGAAUGUAGGAUGAAAGUUACAAAUGUGUGGCCAAGGUGAUGUUGCGAUGCUGCUGCCAAUUGCUUUGAGUAAAUGACACUUUUCUGUUUUUUUGUUUUUUUUUAAUUGUCAUGUUUUUUAACUGUUGUCUCGUAUUGGAUCCAAAAUAAAGUGUCACCGAUCAUUCCAUGGAUGUAUUCCUCCAUAGUUUUUGUUGUGUGCAAUCACUGUCUAUUUUUGAAAAACGUUUCUAUUACCUCAAAUAAAUGUAAUGCAAGUGUA